AUGCAAGUCACCACGAAAAUGGCUGCUCUGGCAGCUUCCGGGAUGUUUCCCAUCAUCAUGGCAGCUCCAUUUGGCAAUGCCGGCCGCUCGGCGAGCUCCGUGGAUUCUGUCAGCUCCGCCCCCGAGCCCAGCACCUACCCAUACGUUCCGGCCACUUCAGCCAGCCAAGUCCCCAUGAUGGAAUCCUUCUCUGUUGACUUUGGCACCGGCUCCUGGUCACCGUUUGCCACAAGUGUCAGCUCGUCCUCUGCAUCUGGAUCUGCUUCCGCAAGCUCCUCUGAUGACUGGGACCAGUCUCCGGCGUCGUCCUCCGAGGUGCCUCCCUACGGAUCCAUCGUGCCUGGCCCAGUUCCCUCCUUUACUGUUGUCGUUGAGAGCUUUACUGUCCCCAUUCCCCACCCGUCAGCCACUGCUACGGUUGCCCCCUCUUCGCUCUCGAGCUCUCCUGUGUCCUCUUUGUCCGUGACGUCUCCCACGUUGAGCACAGUCACCGCGACCGCAACAGUGCCAUUCGAGUCUGGGUUCACCACAAUCGUCCACACAUUCACCAUCACGGAGAGUGCAAUCAUCAGCUCGUCUCUUGCGAUGCCACUUCCAUCUGCGUCUCUGUCCCUGGACUCGUCUGUUGUUUCAAAGCUGUCCCGCUCUGCCAAGUCUGCUUCGUCGCUGGGAAGUGCGAUGCGCUCCAUCUUCUCCGACAUGGACGGAUCUCAGAGCGGCGUUGGCCCUGUGAUUGCGCCCAACUCUGCGGUGUCCACCAAACCGGGCCAGAUGAAGCGGCCCAAGUCCAUGAUCACAGCCACGUUCACGCUUACGUUGCCGACAAGCACCUUUUUCAUGCCCAUCCUGCCCACGCACACAGGCUCCAUGAUCACUGCAGAGUUUACCCUCACAUUGCCUGCACCGUCCUCGUCGACAGCCGGGCCGGUAUCCAGCACAAUCGACCAGUCUUCAGGCGCGUCGGAGACGGUCACCGAGUCAUGUUCUACGUCUUCUACGCUUGCCACCUCUACGUCCUGUGAAACGCCUUCCCCUCCGGUGCCUACUGGUUUCCCGGAGACGCUGACCCUCACUCUGUCAACCAAGGUCACGCUCACCAUCAACGGCACCAAGACCACCUCAUGUUCUACGGAGACGACCCCUGCUGUCCCCUCUGGAUCGGAUGCCAUCACGGUGACUUACACACUCCCUGGUGGACCGGGCCGCGCCAACCAGACGCUGACACUCACGACAGUGCGUCCUACACCUCAAGCUAGUUCCUCGGGAGUCUCGUCGUCGGCGUCGGCGUCGGCGUCGCUUCCCUCUGGCCCAACGGCCGGUCCAACUGGCACGGGCAGCAUCGCAUUCCCCCCUGCGUCGUCACUGAGGCCUUCGGGUGUCGUCCCAUCGCCUGCAUUCUCGGGUGUCAUUGUCGUCACGGAGACCAAGACUUUCACGGAAGUGCACACCGCCACUGGUGCAGCUACGACUGCCCCCAACGUGCACACAACCCUGGCCGUUGGCGGCCCUCAUCACCACAACGUCACGACGUUCGCGACUGGCACUGGCACUGGCACUAGCAGUGGAGGCGCUCGUCCUACCGCACAUGGACCCUUUGCCAACGUGACAGGCACCCACGUUAGCGAGGGUGCUGCCAGCCCUACCCACGGCAUCCACGUCAGAGACGCCGAGUGCAAUCGCAACCCCAAAGGUGCCCGCAUUGUUCUGAACUUUGACGACAGUGUGAUUCAGGAGGAGAGCCUGCUGGCUCCCAACACUCAGGGCUUUGCCAACCCGGACCAGGGCAUGCAGUUCAGCGGCGGCUUUGAGCGGGUUGUCUACUCACCCAACAGCCGCUUCGUCCCGUCCUCCAUGCCUGGCAUGCUUCGAUUCAACCUCCCGCCCACCAUACGCCACGGCAUUGCCAACGGUGUGGCCAAGAUUGGUACGGCCGAAAGCUGCUCGCGGUUCAAUUUGGUGUCCUGGAACUUGGGCUGUGACGCGACCGACGCGCCGUGCCGCUUCAACAUCACGGGCUUCCGGCUGGCCGGCGGCGAGGAGGUGGCAACGGGCUCGCACGUGUUUGUAGUUCCACACGCCACCAAGACAUCGGGCAACACGCUCCAUCCGGUCGCCUUUGACACCACCGACGACUUUGCCAACCUGUCGUCGUUUACCGUGGAUCUCGAGCCGGAGAACGUUGCUGGCGGCCGUGACAGUAUGUGGUGGUCGGACGAUUUGAGUGUGGCUCGUGUCUGCGACGGCUCGCCGUUCUGCGCGGCGAUUGAGACGAGCGACAAGACCAUUGGAGAGGAUUCUGGCAAGAAGGCAGCCCCGUUCUGGCACCACUAG